CUGAGCUGCCGUGGGGAGAGAGAGCUGCAACUGCGGGCAAGCUUUUGGGGGGAGCUGCACUCAGUGCCCCACCUUGCCAGUGUUGCUGCUUUGCCUGCCUGGAAUGCCACUUUCUUCAACCCUCCCACCCCCUUUAAGAGCUUGACCUGCCCCUCCACCAAGCCCCGCUGAUUUUUCUCCCCUUUUCCAUCAUGUUCAGAAGUUCCAUCUUCCAAGCUACCAGAUCGCUUCGUCAAUUGACUACUCCAGCCACCCGCAACCUUUCAUUUACAGCCGCCAGAAUGGGUAUCCCCGCCGACGCUCCCGAAGGUCUCAAGAUUGAGUCCCAGAACGCUGGCUCCGGCCCUGAGGUCAAGAAGGGUGACUCCGUCGAUGUCCACUACAAGGGCACCCUCGAGGACGGCACCGAGUUCGACCAGAGCUACAAGCGCGGCCAGCCCCUCAACUUCACCGUCGGCGCCGGCAUGGUCAUCCAGGGCUGGGAUGCCGGCCUCGUCGGCAUGCAGGUUGGCGAGAAGCGCAAGCUGACCAUCCCCUCCAACCUCGCCUACGGCGAGCGCGGCAUUCCCGGUGUCAUCCCCAAGAACGCCACCCUCAUCUUCGAGACCGAGCUCGUCAAGAUCAGAUAAAUCAACAAUCCAAAACAGAUUACAAGGAGGGAGCAUAUAUCUUUGAUAUUUCCCAAAGCCUUACCCCCUUAUGCUUACUAGAUGGAGCAAAACGAAAAUCGAAUCAUGGUUUCACUCUGGGCUAGACACCCAACCACCUAUCUCAAUGUCUCCUGCUCGGACAAUCUCUAUUUCUUUUGUACAGGUGAAAUGCUCCCGACUAAAACGCCAAUGCCGUGUGGAUGCGAGGAGAUGACCGCCCAACCGCCCUGAAUGAUAUCUACACAUACGAUUCCCUG